UGGUGACCAAUCUGUCCAUUCAUCCCGUCAUUCAUAGUUUCAUAUGCGCCGCUUCCCGGCACGUGAGCCAGAAGACCUGUUAACUUUGUUCUCGCCAGUAGAGGGAGCCCUUUGUCAGCGCGCCCGCAUCGAUUUGUGUGUGUGAGCUAACCGAGGUUUGGAUAGACCUUUAAACCUCUUUGUGCUGAGGGAGUGAAGAAUCGUCUUCCUUCCGCGGCAAUGGCGGAAUAUGUAAAAUCUCCGUUUUGACAUUUAUAGGAGGAUACGAGCUUGAUGUGAGAUACAGGGAGCUACCUGGGCAAGGUUGACUCUGUUUCCACACAAAGAUGGACAAAGGCUGGUCCUGGGUCGUGCUGGGAUCAUGCUUCGUGGCCUUCCUGCUGUCCGGCUGGUUCGCCUAUACCGUCGGGGUCGUCCACGUCGCCCUUCUAGACGUCUACGACGACGACAACGCCAAGACGUCGUGGGUUGGAGCGCUCCACUCCAGCAUGAUGUGUCUGACAGGCCCUGUGGCGAGUUUGGUGAUCAACCGCUACAACUGCCGCGUCUGCACCAUCAUCGGCGGCAUCCUGAUCCUCAUCGGCUUCACCAUCUCCGCCUUCGUCCACAGUAUCGACGUCCUCCUCAUCACAUACGGUGUAAUUGCAGGUGCUGGUACUGGCUUCAGUUACUGCCCCGCUGUCGUCAGUCUGGGCUACAACUUCCAGAAGUACCUGGGAAUAACGGCCGGCGUCUCAAUGACGGGUGCCGCUCUCGGCCUCUUUAGUGGCGGGCCUGUCAUUCGACUCUUCAUCGACAACUACGGCCUCAGUGGGACCUUCCUCCUCAUGGGCGGUAUCGGCGCCAAUAUGUGUGCAUGUGGAAUGUUGUUCCGGCCAACCAAGCUCGAGAGGGAUUUGAAACAGAAACGUCAGGAGAGUUCAAAACAAACCAUGAGAGAAUCUGCUCGCGACGGAUGGCAGCGGUAUGUUCUUAUAUUCCAAAACCGAACGUUUGGUCUGUACUGUGUUAGUAUAUUCUCGUGGAAUCUCGCCCAGUCCGCGAUUUACCUACACCUUCCAUUUUAUGCCCAGAGCAAAGGAACAUCUCCCGAAUCGGCGGCCGCGCUGUUUACAGGAAUGGGCGCGUUCUCGCUGGUUGCACGAAUUCUCACGGGACUUGUAGUGACGAGGCAGGAAAUAGACGGCCUUAUUUUACACAUGGGGUGUCUAGGAAUGGCAUCUAUAACCACCUUCUUAUUCCCGCUGUACAGCGCCACCUAUGUGGGACAGAUGAUAUAUUCUUCAAUGCUAGGGUUCUAUUUAGCAAGUCCUAUGGUUCUACUGAGUCCGCUGACGGUGGAGUUGGUAGGCGUGGACAACCUGGCAGGAGGUAUAGGGGUGGGAACCUUUGUCCUAGGAUCUGGCUACCUGGUCGGGCCGCCAAUUGCAGGAUUCAUCAUCGACAGCGGGGCCAGUUACGACCACAGCUUCAUGGUUGCAGGCUGUUUUCUCCUUGUGUCCUCGCUUGUUACCCUGGGGGCGGCGGCACUCCAUGGAAGAUCCCAACUUCCGGUUGAACCUGCUCUCUUCACCAGCCUCACUAUCAUUCCACCGGAAGCGGCUAGCAAUAUCAGUCUCCACGCUAGAGAGUUACGAGAAAAGGCGGCCGCUUCGGGGUCGUGGACCUCUGAAAAACCAAAACAUAUACGCGACAUUAAUAUGUUCAUAGAUGAGUUGGGGAGAGAUUUUGCAUAUCACCCUGGUGACAACAAUCAAAAUUCACAACCCAGCGAAAUAUCCUUACUUGUCGAUAAUAGCAUCAUUAACCAGGAGGACACAGUGGUACAGGAAAGGUAGUCAUUUGAAGUAAUUGAAAACAAUCACUUUUGAAGGGUGUGCAGAAGUGAGACACACAUUGAUUUUACAAUCCAUAGAAUUCUCCUUUAUUGGGUCAACUGCUUAAUUAAAAAGAGCUUAGUGUUUUCCCACAAGAAGGAGAAACAUUAAACGGUACAGUGUAUUUCCUAUAAUAAAUACGAUGUAUUCUCCCCGUGUUUACCAGGCACUUGUGCAGAAUGAAGAUACUACUACUACAAGGCUUCAAACUGGGCCAAGGAAAUGACAAGUUAGAUAUGUGUUCACAUUAUUCUGUCCUCUUUGUUUUACUGAUUUAUGCUCAAAGGCAAAAGUUAUUGUGACACUCAAACAGAAUCAGUGUUAAGCGUGUACCACAGCGAAUGAAACGUGAUUACAUGGAAACACAAAAGUUCCAAGAUGUAGUAACGAUCAACAGACCUCAAGAAUAGGGGGCCUGGCAGAUGCAGAAGGGGUUCACAAGCACUUUCACACGGUCAUCAGCGAGUGUGUCCACCUUGUGCAUUGAUGGAAACAUGACUGCUUCUCCACACUGAGGCCACUAAACGUUGAUGAAUGUCCUGGGGAAGAUCAUUCCAUAUCCGAGGAAGCAGUUUCUGCACACCCUUCAUGAGUUCCUGGAGGGUUCGAUGACGUCGUAAACGUUGCUCCAUUUUAUCCAAGACAUAUUCCAUGUGGGACAGAUCUUGGGAUCUCUUCAGCAUAGCAUAUUAACACUGAUCUGAUUAAGACACUAUUGUACAAAUCGAACAACGUCUGGUUGCAAUCGUGUUGAAGGAUCAUUCCAGUUGCAAAAGCGGAAAGUAGGCAGUUGGUACAGAACUCAAGUUCCUCUCAAUCACAAUCAUUGGCAUCCUGCUUGCAGCUGUUAACCUAGAUCAUAACGCUUCCACCUCCAAAACGACCACCUUCCAAACACAUGGUUUUCAUCGUUCCGAACACAUCGUUCACUUGUGCACGUGUAAACAUGUGUCCUGUCAGAAGAAGGAAGUGGGAAUCAUCGUUGACGAGAACUCCUCUCCACUCAUGUGCUCCCUAUCGCAAGCCGUGUCUGCUUCUCUGGAGAUGGCGACGUCGAUAUACUGGGAUCAGAACAGGCCGUAGACUCGCACACGUCGACCAAUAGUUCUCGUGGACACUGGAUGCUCGCUGGAACCUGUGUCAGCGGUGCGUGGUUCGAACCGUCGGUCUUGACGUGGUGGACGGCAACAACGGGGACGGCUACAAUGGGGAAGGUAUAUGGUGUUCUAUGGAUGUUGAACCGACAAGCACGCUGCGACGUUUGAUCUCUAUACAAGUGAUUUGAUCACAAUAUAUUUGUGCAUAUAAGUAUCUCUUUAUUUUACAUUUCCAAUCAGUGUACAAAAACAUGAUAUCAGCUAUUUCUAUAUUGAUGUGUUGUAUGUUCUCACAUUAUGUAUAUGGAUGACACGCACUGCUGCUGCAGAUUUGUUUGUACUGCGUUCACGUGCUUACAAUUAGCAAAUAUGAUAUUUUUCUGUAUAUUUGGGUAAGUAAAGAGAAUGUUCUAUCUGGAUACAUACAAAGUAUAUGUGAUGUAAUGUCUUUCAAAUCUUGUGGCUAAAAUAUCAAAAGUAAAAUGUGUAUAUUAUAUAUGCACAAAGAUUCACAUCUA